AUGAAGGGGACGCCGUCAAAAACACAGCGCUUAAAGCGGAGUAAUCAUCCGUUUGAAGUUGAAAUCUUCUUUGUCAUCGACUACGGCCUCUGGUACGACCAAACGCAACCUAACGUAUCACUGGCGUUGAGCAAAAUAAAGCAGUUCUAUGCCUUCGUUUUGAACGCUAUGAACAUUCGCUAUAAAAGUUUGACGAUCAACGGCCGCCCUAUCUCUUUGCGGUACGCUGGAAUCUACAUUGCCGACACGCCUGAGGCUGCCCGAUUUGUAGAAUAUGAGGUGGAACAGCACUAUACCUGGAACAACCGCAAGGCCUUUCUCGCUGAAAAAGUUUUACCGGUAUUCGAGACAUGGGCCAGAAUUAACCUUGCUGCUUAUAACUAUGACCAUGCCAUGAUGUUCUCAUACUACGAAAUGGGUCGCAACGAUGCCGGGUCAUUCAAUCCGUUGACCGCAGGUCUAUCCCGCAUCGGCAGUACAUGCCAAUUUUACAAGUACUCCAUAGUUGAGGACCACUUCGAUGCCAUCAUCGGAACAGUGGCUGCUCGCACACUAGGUCUCAACCUAGGUGCCCGUCCCGAUGGUAAUGAAAAUCCCUGUCUAGCAAGUGAUGGCUACAUUAUGGCGCCGUCUUAUAAUGCAAGUUCCACAAAACAAUUUAAAUUCUCAACUUGUUCUGCAACUGCCAUUACAACCUACAUCGACCUACUGAACAGUAAAAACUUGAACUGCCUGGACAUCCUAACAGCAAACUACAACACGUCUGACCAAGAGCCCUACGUUAGUGACCUUGCAGGUCAGACGUAUCCCCCGGACAACCAGUGUCAGUAUCUCGAGGGCACGAUGUCAUCACUGAACAGGGCAUAUUACAAUGGGAACUACAGUGGAAUAUGCAUGGGAAAAAUGGCUUGCAUUAAAUCGGAUUCAUCAGGUUUCUCACUCUAUCUGGCCUGGGAAGGAACCACGUGCGGAAACGGCACGAGACUUGCCCGUUCGGGGACGCACCAAGAACACUUUUCAACAGUACAGAAACAUGUCAACAGGCUGUAG